GUCCCAAUUGGCGACAAAGCAUUGUUCACCCAUCCCAAUCCAGUCAAGCUUCGACAUGAACCCACCCCCAUCUGCCAUCUCGGGAGGGUCGAUGGUGUUUACGCCACCACCGCGGCAUCAAAAAACAACAGCGGCAAGUCCCGCGUCGGCGAUAUUGCGCAUGGGUCGAGACUUUACGAGGCAAGCAGAGUAGUAUUGUCUUCUGUCGCUGAUGAACUAACCGAUGUGUCGAGCUACCAUGUAGGUAUGAAUGGGAUAUCCGUGGUCUACCCGUACGGGAUACCUGAGUCACCGCAUACGAUCCUUGCCAACAACGACGGCGAUAACGACAACGACAACAACGGACCCUCCCCGGGAAUAAGGCGGCAGUUUCAUGUCAUGCAAAACACAAGGCGAGCACUCGCUGCCCCCAUAGCGAUGCACACUCUGCUCUGGUACAUGGUUACGGCGGACGGGGUCGACAAAGCAUCCCUACAGCGUUGUCACCAAGUGCUCAAGACUUGCAGCUCAGCAGGCCCCCCAGUCAUUCUUCUCUCCGGUUGGUUCUGCCUCCGGCUGGCACUCGCCGCCCGGCUACUUUCCAUCACCGGCUUCCCCAAUCCGGCAACGCCAGAAGCCGUGUCUUCACCCCUGCUGCCGCCGCCGCCGGUCGUCUUGCUCGCCUCGGCUGUCGCCUGUCUUGUCAUCCAUCCUUCCAUGGCUCAGUUCUCUCGGAUCUGCGGCGCCGAAUCGGCUUCUUCUCAACCAUCGAUCUCAACCAUCGACCAAGCCUCAUCUACCUACCUAAAGAUCCCACUUUACGCCCACCACUGGCGCCUGGCGCUAGAGGCACUGACUAACCCGCCCGCGCCGCAACAGCAUUGUGGGCAGCCCUAA